AUGGGCUCCGAUCCCCAGUACGCGAAAUGGCCACUGCUGCCUCUCUCGCAGCACGUCUUCACCCUCACAAAUGCCUAUGCCUCCAAGACCGCCCAACAAGCCGCUGUCAAGGCUCUGCAAGAUGCCAUCGCCCAGGACAAGAUGGCUCCCUUCUACCGGUACCUCGCCCACCCCCUCGACGGCGUCCUCAACACCAUCGGCGAGGGUGGCGCCUCUGCUCCCGGCAGGCCCCUCAGUCGAAAGUCGAGCCUUGUCGGCAUGGUCGCCACCAAGCCUUCUGCCACCGUCAUCAGCCUUCCUUGGGACGAGGGCUUGUAUAACCAGCUGAAGGAGGACAAUGACCGCGAGCUGCAGGAGUUCCAGAAGGAGGAGGAUGAGGCUGUUGAGCAGGCUGGUGAUACUGAGAUCAUGGCUGCCAAGGGCAAGCGCGCAGAGUUCUGGGCCCGGGUGGGCGACAAGGACAAGGCCAUCGCCGCCUACGAGAGCGUCUUCGAGAAGACGGGCAUCCUCGGCACCAAGAUCGACCUCGUCCUCGCUAUAAUACGUAUGGGCCUUUUCUAUGGAGACAAGCCCCUCGUAAAGAAGCACGUCGAGCGCGCCAAGUCUCUGGUCGAAACGGGCGGUGACUGGGAUCGCCGCAACCGCCUCAAGGCCUACGAGGGUCUUCACCUCCUCACCGUCCGAUCCUACAACCUCGCCGCCCCUCUGCUGCUCGACUCUCUCUCCACCUUUACCAGCUACGAGCUCUGCACCUACUCCAACCUUGUCGUCUACUCGGUCCUCGCAGGCUCCGUCUCCCUCAAGCGUGUCGACUUCAAGUCCAAGGUCGUCGAUGCCCCCGAGAUCAAGGCCAUCCUCGGAGAUGGUGAGGACAAGCUGCUCGCCCUCAGCGGCGCCCUCAGCGCUGGACCUGGUGCCGAUGACACUACUGGCGUCAAGGCCCCCAAGGCUGCCACCACCACCGCCGUCAACCUCACCACUCUGGGCACCAGCACCGACCAGCCCGAGGCCGAGUUGGCCAUCGACUUUAGCCCUUUGGCCCUCCUUGUCAGCAGCCUCUACAACGGCAACUACAAGACCUUCUUCCGGUCUCUUGCCGAAGUUGAGGAGCAGUUCCUAAACCAGGACCGCUACCUCCACGAGCAUAAGAGCUGGUUCAUCCGUGAGAUGCGCCUGCGCGCCUACCAGCAGCUGCUCCAGAGCUACCGCGUUGUUGGCCUUGAGAGCAUGGCCAAUGACUUUGGCGUGACUGUCGACUUCCUCGACCGUGAUCUGGCUCGCUUCAUCGCCGCCGGCCGCAUCCCCUGCACCAUCGACCGUGUUACAGGCAAGGGUGUCAUCGAGACGAACCGCCCCGACGACAAGAACAAGCAGUACCAGGACGUGGUCCGCCAGGGCGAUCAGCUCAUCACCAAGCUCCAAAAGUACGGCCAGGCCGUGCGGUUGAGGGGAAGCGAGAGAGCGUAG